AUGCAUCACGUACUAACUGGUCAAAGAAGCUGGAGAAAGAGGAUUCUUCAACUGAUUGAGCUUGAUAAGUUUAGACUGGGUGCAUAUGAAAAUGCAAAGUUAUACAAAGAAAGAACUAAAAGAUGGCAUGAUAAACACAUUAAAGGGAAAGAGUUCGAGGUUGAGCGACAGCUAAGAUCAGGGUGGUCGGGUCCAUUUACAGUGGUAGCUGUAUAUCCAUAUGGCACAGUUGAGGUUGUGACACAAGAUCAACAGCGAAGGUUCAAGGUCAAUGGACAGAGGUUGAAAGCUUAUUGGGGUGGUGAUUACUCUCAUGAGAAGACGAUUCUGCCACUAGAGGAUCCAAAAUAG